AGCGCGCUCGACAAAGGUGAAGGUGUCCAACGUUUGUUAUCGCAAGAAAAUACGAAAAUGUCGAAAGAUUUACUCGAAAAAAUCGCCGAGAUUGAUCAAGACGUCGCAGAUAGUUUAAUAGUGGUUGGCCUCACAAAUGAUGAUCUUAAGGAACUGUGUUAUGAUGCAUUAAAGGAAAUUAUUCCAGGCGAUGGCAUGAAAUUGAUUUUACUGCGGUCACGCAUCUGGAAAGUAAUAUCUCAGGAAACUGAGAAGGCAACACCAACUGAUAACUCUAAUCCAACAACAAAGGCUUUGGUUGAAAAGAGAAAUAUUGAUAUGGUAGUCUGUGUGGAUGAUCAUGUUGACUUGUCAGGGGAUGAUACUUUAUCAUCAUCAUCAUCAUCAUCAACAGAUGAUAAGGGCCUUACAGAAGCUGGAAAGGUUGCCAAAGUUGUUCAUCUUAUGAAGAACGUGCACUUGUUGUUUGGAAGUGGAAAGCUGAAUAAAUCUGCCAAGAAGCUCAUUGACCUUAUUUAUUUGAUUAAGGAUCAUGAGGAUCCAGAAGCAGUGUGCAGCCGGCGACAGGGUAAGAGUAUGCCUUUGCUGUGUCUUGAUAAAACAUCAGCCUACCUGAUAUGCCAAGGUACGCUAAUCUUUACUGUGGCAUUGAAGAGUCUCAUGAGAGCAGUCCUUGCAUUAAUUGGACUGUUUUAUGUUAUUGAUGUGGAUUAUCCAAAAUCCCAUGAGCUAGGUCUCACGAUGCUCCACAAUUUAUUUAUAAACUUGGUCGCAAGCGACAGGCAACCCCACAGAGUACUUACUCCAAUUAUGGUAUGUUUUAAUUUGUUAUUUAAAGACAUGAACACCCCUGCAGACCUAUAUAACUCAUUUGAGUCUGCAAAACAGGACUAUCUAGAGUUCAAACAGAACUCAUCUGAUGAUUUUUAAAUGUUGAUAAUAUAGAAAUAGAGGGCUUAAGCUUCGCAUUUGAAGACAUCUAGGCUGAGUUGAUUUUUACUUAAAAUUUGGACGGCAUUCCUUCGCAUCCUAUUUUCAUUCCGGCCUCAAAGGAAUCAUUAUACAAUUCACUUCGAACAGAUCACGAUUCCCAUCAUUGCCUCAUAUUUCCCCCUGUCGUUUGCCAUUUCUAACGGAAUGCUUAAGCCCUCUGGCCUUUUUAGUUAUGAUUUGAAUAGUACAAUGUAGAAUUGAGUGCCUGAGGCCGGUUGUACGACGAAGGCGGAUAGCGCUAUCCACCGGAUAGUGUUUUUUUCAUUCGCUCUAAAAUUGCUCGUUGUUUGGCAUAAUCUAGAUUAAAGCUUAGUAAUCUUAAGUUAGGGGACCUCUUUUUGUCGGCUCCAAAUAUUUUAUUUCAUUGCCUUUUAGGCAUGUUUAAAAGGGUUGAAAAAAACCACUAUCCGGUGGAUAGCUCUAUCCGCCUUUCGUACAACUGCCCCCUGGACCCUAUAGUUUAAAUGAAACUUGCAUGCAUGUACUUUGGGUAAUUUACUUUCUGGCCUUUCGUAUUAGUGUAGUAUUGUUUUUGUUUUCUGGGGCUUUUAGCAUACCGAAUGUAUUAAUAAAUUUUAAAUAGAACUACAAUAACCUUGAAUUAAAAAAGUGUUGUUUUCUGUAUCAGCGCACCUGCCCCCAAGAAAACCGUUCUUAAAUUGAGAAUAUAAUCUUAACCUUUAUACUUAUUUUAAGAAUAUGUAUUUCUCAUUGUUCUUAAUUUAGGAAAUAUGUUCUUGUAACAAGUAAAAAUGUUCUUGCAUUCUAGGGUUAUUCUCGCAAGAACAAAUGUUCUUGUAUCAAGAAAAUAUUCUUGUAUCAAGAACAAAUAUUCUUGCCAAGAAUAUUAUUCUUGAAACAAGAAUAUUUUUCUAUGCAAGAAUAAUAUUCUUACUAUACGGACAAGAAUGUAUUUGCUUGCUUUGAGCAAAAUUUUGCUCAAAGCAAGCAUUUUUUUUCUUGAUUCAAGAAUGACAAAUUUUGCUGU